UUUUAUUAUCAAUUACUUGUGUAUGAUUUGUUACGUAUUUAAUCAACUUGUGUAGCUAGUUGCGUAGACUAUAUGAACACUUGUUAUCAUUACAUAGUACUUAUUUGAAUAUCCUCUGUUUCUUGGACAUUUCUCAGUUUCUUUUUCUUUUUUUUUUCCUCAAAAUUUGUUAUCUUCUUGAGCUGAAAUACAUAUAUAUGAUCUCUUUAUUUGGACAUAUUCAAUCACCUUGUCAAAUAACUCAUACUUCCUAUAGUUACAUCCAAUCUAUUCGACCAUUUUUUUCGUCAAUUUUUGCAGAUUUUUAUAAGACACCAUUAUGUACAAGGUGAGGUUUGACGAGCAGGCGGCCGAUGAUCCAAUGGACGACAAUGGAUACAUCGAAAUUGAUCCAACGGGUCGUUAUGGCCGAUUCGAUGAAGUUCUUGGAAAAGGUGCAAUGAAAACCGUGUACAAGGCUAUUGACGAAGAGCUCGGGAUAGAAGUCGCGUGGAAUCAAGUUAGGCUCGUCGAUUUGCUCAAAACUCCGGACGACGUGCAGCGCCUUUAUUCCGAGGUUCACCUUCUCAGCACUCUCGAUCACGGCUCGAUUAUCCGAUUCUACACUUCGUGGAUAGAUGUCGAUAACCGGACCUUCAAUUUCAUAACCGAGAUGUUCACUUCCGGCACUCUCAGAGAGUACAGAGCCAAGUAUAAGCGAGUGAGCAUCCGGGCCAUAAAAAUAUGGGCUCGGCAAAUACUCGAAGGGCUCGUUUAUUUGCACGGCCAUGAUCCUCCCGUCAUUCAUCGGGACCUAAAAUGCGAUAACAUAUUUGUCAAUGGCCAUCUUGGACAAGUCAAGAUUGGUGAUCUUGGCCUUGCAGCUAUUUUACGAGGUUCGGAUAGAGCACACAGUGUGAUAGGCACGCCGGAGUUCAUGGCACCGGAGUUAUACGAAGAAAACUACAACGAGCUCGUCGAUGUGUACUCGUACGGAAUGUGCGUUUUAGAGAUGAUUACUUCCGAGUACCCAUACAGUGAAUGCAAAAACCCGGCUCAGAUAUACAAGAAAGUGACAUCAGGUAAGAAGCCGAGGGCAUUUUUCAAAGUCCAAGAUUUGGAUGCGCAGAGAUUCAUCGCGAAAUGCUUGCAGAACGCACAAAAGAGGCUGUCGGCUAAGGAGCUGAUGCUCGACCCAUUUCUUUCAGUUGACUGUUUUGACAACAAUGGUGACGGACUAAGUGUCGAGUAUCAGAAGCCUUUCCUGAAUGAAAGUGUCGAGCUCGAGCGCUUGCAGUUGAACGAUAAUUUUCCCAAGUCGAAUAUGACUAUUACGGGCACGUUAAACCCGGACGAUGGUACCAUUUUCUUGAAAGUGCAGAUUGCUGAUAAAGAAGGUGCCGUGCGAAAUGUUUUCUUUCCGUUUGAUAUAGUUUCCGAUACCCCACUUGACGUUGCGAAUGAAAUGGUGAAGGAGCUCGAGAUUAGCGAUUGGAGGCCUUACGAAAUAGCAAAUAUGAUCGACUCUGAAAUAUCGGGCCUUGUUCCCGACUGGAAAACCGAGCAUCCGAGUUGUCAACAAGACGAAUAUGAACACCAAAAUCUUUAUUCGCCGUCCUCUUCAUCGCAAGUCUCGGCUUUAGGCUGGAUUCCCUCUCAUAAGUUGGAUUCUAACUUGUUUGAUGACACCAGCUCCCAAAGCUCAUCACAUUCGGAGAAAUAUUCCAACUGGGCCUACUACUCUGCAGACGAGCACCAGCCCGUGAUAAGCCCAAACCGAGUGCCGAGCCCAUCAAGGUUCGGCCCUGGGGAGAAUCUUUCGAAAAACAAGUCGAAAGUGACACCUCAGCUCAUGAGAAACCGGUCUUUGGUGGAUACUCGGAGCCAAUUGCUACACAGGUCGCUGGUUGAGGAGGUCAACAGACGACGAUUGUUCAAUACAGUUGGGGCAGUGGAGAACAUCGGUUUUCAGUCGCCUUAUGAAGUUUCGCGUAAAAUGAAGACGAGUGGAGUGAGUAAUAAUGCAGCUGGCUAUUCGUCGAGUGUGCACGGUAAUGUGACGUGGCAAGGUACUCGAACGAGACGAGGUUAAUCAGUGUUUUUUUUUUUUUUUUUUUNU